AUGGUCUUGGUUAUUGCCUUCGUUUUAGGCCUACAAUAUUUCGAGCUCACUCCGAUAUCUAUUGUUUCACCUCGAAACGGUACUGUUUCUCAGUUCAGAGAAACCAAUAAUAUCACUAAAAGUGCUGAAAACCAAACGUCUCUUGCAUAUCAAGAACCAUCGUCCGGGUUUGAACCGCGUAAUAGUAGUACUACGGAGGUUUUAAAGAGUUUAGAACACAAGUUUUUGAAUGAUUCUCCCAAAUCAGAACCUUCUGAACAAAGUAGAGGCAAUGACACCGCAAAUUCUCUGCAUUCCCUUCAACCAAAGAUUCCUCAAAGAAAGAAGAACCAUGAGAGGAGCACAAAAAAGUCACCUUUAGUUGUCGUAUCAAUCAGCCAGAUGAACAAUAUGAUACUGAAACGGCAUAGUGACCCAAAUAAUUCACUUGCGCCGCGUUGGGGAUCAAAAGUGGACAAAGAGCUUAAAACUGCAAGAAACAAGAUCAAGAACUCGGAAUUGGUCAAGAAGGAUGAUACCCUUUAUGCGCCCCUCUACCACAACCUAUCCAUCUUCAAAAGGAGCUAUGAGCUAAUGGAACAGACUUUGAAAGUGUACGUAUACUCAGAAGGGGACAGACCGAUCUUUCAUCAGCCAGAGGCAAUAAUGGAUGGAAUGUACGCAUCAGAAGGAUGGUUUAUGAAACUAAUGGAGAGUAGCCAAAAAUUAUUGACAAAAGAUCCCACUAAAGCUCAUCUAUUCUACUUGGCAUUCAGUUCCAGAAUUCUGCAACAAAAACUCUACGUUCGUGAUUCUCACCGUCGUAUAAAUCUUGUUAAACACCUCAGAAACUACAUCGAUCUCAUCGUUUCCAAGUAUCCUUUCUGGAAUAGAACCCGCGGCUCCGAUCAUUUCUUUACCGCUUGUCAUGAUUGGGCUCCAGCUGAGACUAGAGGACCAUACGUGAACUGCAUAAGAUCACUCUGUAACGCCGAUGUCGGAGUAGACUUCGUGGUCGGAAAAGACGUGUCUUUGCCGACAACAAGAAUCUCUUCGUUACAAAACCCAAACGGAAACAUCGGAGGUAACCGUCCUUCAAAGCGAACCAUCCUCGCUUUCUUCGCCGGAAAAUUGCAUGGUCACGUGAGACGUAUCUUGCUUAAACAAUGGUCGUCGAGCUCUGAACCGGAUAUGAAAAUCCUUAACCGGAUCGACCAUAAAACGUAUGUCCGGUUCAUGAAACGCAGCAGAUUCUGCGUUUGCGCUAAAGGGUACGAGGUGAAUAGUCCAAGGGUGGUCGAGUCAGUUUUGUACGGUUGCGUUCCGGUGAUCAUCUCUGAUAAUUUUGUACCGCCGUUUCUUGAGGUUUUGGAUUGGGAAUCUUUUGCUGUGUUUGUGCCGGAGAAGGAGAUUCCGAAUCUGAGGAAGAUUCUGAUAUCGAUUCCGGUGAGGAGAUAUGUGAAGAUGCAGAAGAGAGUGUUGAAGGUUCAAAAACAUUUUAUGUGGCAUGAUGGUGAACCGGUUCGAUAUGAUAUAUUUCAUAUGAUUCUUCAUUCGGUUUGGUAUAACCGGGUCUUUCAAACGUUUUAG